CGAUAAGCCCACUGCUAGGCGAUUGCGCACGUGGACGCUUUCGGACAGUCUGCGUCGCGCUCCGCCCCGGAAGCCCGCCCUCAGCCGCCUUGGCGCGCUUUUGAAGCCUCCGGCACCUCUAGUUGUCAGCUCCGCAGCUCUCUUCCCGGGGUGAGCUCUGGUCCUGUCUGCCAAAGCCACUCCCCUCCUGGUGUUGCGGGAUGUCCGGUCCCAGCGCCGCGAUGCGGACCCGCGAGGAGGUGGACGCGACGCUGCAGAUCGCCAAGCUGAACCCCGCGGAGCUGCUGCCCACCGUGCACUGUCUGCGCUUCGGCCCGGGUGCCAGCGGCGCGGCCGGCGGCGACUUCUGCCUGCUGGAGCUGGAGCCCGCGCUGUGCCAGCAGCUGGAGGCCGGACACAGUCUUGUGAUUCGUGGUGAUAAAGAGGAGCAAGCCGUGUUGUGCAGUAAAGACAAAACCUAUGACUUGAAGAUAGCAGACACAUCUAACAUGUUGCUUUUCAUCCCUGGCUGCAAAACCCCAGACCAAUUGAAGAUGGAGGAAACACAGCCCGACAUCGUUCACCCCGAGAUCUUUGGUUUUUCUAAUAAUUAUUGGGAAUUAAGAAGAUGCAGACCUAAACUAAAAAAGCUACGGAAACUUCUAAUGGAAAAUACCUAUGAAGGACCUGACAGUCAAAAAGAAGAAGAUUCGAAUUGCUCAAAAUAUACAACUGAAGAUUUGCUUGAACAAAUUCAGGCAAGCCAGGAAGAAAUAAUGACCCAAUUAGAAGUUCUAAAUGCCUGUGUGAUUGGAGGUUAUUGGAGGAUUCUUGACUUUGAUUAUGAGAUGAAACUUCUGAAUCAUGUAACCCAGCUUGUAGAUUCUGAAUCUUGGUCUUUUAAUAAAGUUCCACUGAAUAUAUGCCUGCAGGAACUUGGACCUUUGGAGCCAGAGGAAAUGAUAGAACACUGUCUUAAAUGUUAUGGAAAGAAAUAUGUAGAUGAAGGGGAAAUUUAUUUUGAAUUGAAUGAGGACAAAAUAUGCAGAGCAACAGCACAGAUGCUCCUUCAGAAUGCAGUGAAGUUUAAUCUUGCCGAGUUUCAGGAAGUGUGGCAGCAGAGUGUUCCUGAGGGAAUGACAACUCGGCUUGAUCAGCUCAAGGGUUUAGCGCUGGUGGAUAGAAACUCAAGACCAGAAAUCAUAUUUUUGCUGAAAGUAGAUGACUUACCUGAGGGAAAUCAAGAGCGUUUCAAUAGUCUGUUCUCCCUAAGGGAGAGGUGGACAGAAGAAGAUAUUGCUCCAUAUAUCCAAGAUUUAUGUGGAGAGAAGCAAACCAUAGGUGCAUUACUUACUAAAUAUUCUCGUUCUUCAAUGCAAAAUGGUGUUAAAGUUUAUAAUUCGAGAAGACUCAUUUCUUAAAGGAACAACAGACUUUGGGAUUAAGUUGCUUUAUGAAGUUGCUGGAUAUAAUAAAAAAGGGUUCUCUUUAUUUCUA